AUGAUCUCCACAUCCCUCCUGCUGCUGCUGGCAGCCGUACACAGUGUUCACUGUGUUGAGCUGAUCCAGACCGGAUCCACAGAAUUAACCCCUGGUCAGUCACUGACUCUGACCUGUAAAGUGUCUGGAUAUUCAUUAACUGAUAGCAGCUACGCUACACACUGGAUCCGACAACCUGCAGGAAAAACUCUGGAGUGGAUCGGAUGGGUAGGCUAUGAUGGAAGCACUGGCUACAGUGAGAAACUGAAAAGCAGGUUUCAGAUUUCCAGAGACACGUCCAGCAGCACAGUAACAUUAACAGGGCAGAACAUGCAGACUGAAGACACAGCUGUGUAUUACUGCGCUCAAUUUUGCACUGCUUUUAGUUCAACGAUGUUCCUUCCAUUCUUGCUGCUGCUGGCAGCUUCAUCCUAUGUGGACUGUGCAGUAGAACUCACUCAGGUCACCUCAGUGAUGUUAAAGCCAGGAGAUUCUUUAACCCUCAGCUGUAAAGUAUCCGGCUACUCUGUUACUGAUAACAGCUACGCCACGGCUUGGAUCCGACAACCUGCAGGGAAAACUCUGGAAUGGAUAAACCACAUUUGGGGAGGUGGAAGUGCUUAUCAUAAAGAUUCUCUCAAAAGCAAGUUCAGUAUUUCUAAAGACGGCUCCAGCAGCACGGUGACUCUGAGAGGACAGAAUCUGCAGACUGAAGACACAGCUGUGUAUUACUGCGCUCGUUAUCCACACAGUGAGACGAAUCAACAACAUCCCUGUACAAAAACACCUCAUACAGUGUACAGUAUAACAGAAUGA